CAUAAACACAAACACAAAACCAAAUCGAAAACUACUUCCAGUCCUUCACCGCCAAAAGAGUCCCGAUCCAAAGACUCGAAGAAGAAGUUGAAGACUAAAGUAAACCCAACGCCCAUUUCAUCGACGCCUGGACCAAGUGGUGUGAUUAAGAAUGAGGUGACAGUGACUAAGACACCGAUAUCGUCGACAUGUUCAUCGGCCACAAGUGCUAGUGUGACCCCUUCCCCCUCUAAACCCAAAUUUCUGCCGCAAUGCAAGAUCUGUACGUUCAUGCCUUUGGUCGACCCCUACAAUGCCAUCGACUCUCACAUGAGACUCGAGCACAAGAUCACCGGCGAUACCACCAGUCAUGUGAAGGUUGUGCUCAACCCGAAGGCUACUUAAACACUACAACCCAUUCAUAUGACGCGAACAAUUUAUGCGCAAAUGCCUUAUCAAUAGUUGUAAUGUUUGU